AGCGCAUGCGCGUAGCGGCCGCGGCGGACCGGUGGGCGCCGCUAGGCAGUCUGGUUCGCGUUUCGAACUCGGUUGUGGCGCAGAGAUGCUGUGCAGGCUCAGCGUUAGGUGGCUGCAGCUGCGGCCUGCCCUGCAGCUCCGGGCCCUGGGCCCACCGCUCCCACCAGUCCCAACCGGCAUCGCCAAGCGCUCCGCUCUGCCAGUGUGGGCGGUGGCAUCAGUCUCUGCAGUUGGCCCGAGCGGCGCGGGUGGCUGGUACGAGGCCCUGGCUACGUCCGCGCCGGUGCAGGGCGUCGAGGACGUGCUGCUCUUUGCGCACACUGCCUCAGGCCUGCCCUGGUGGGGCAGCAUUCUCCUCACCACCGUGGCCCUGCGCGGCGCCGUCACGCUGCCCCUGGCCGCUUACCAGCACUACAUCCUGGCCAAGGUGGAAAAUUUGCAGCCAGAAAUAAAAAACAUUGCAAGGCAUCUUAACCAAGAAGUUGCAGUUCGUGCAAAUCAGUUGGGGUGGUCCAAAAGAGUUGCCAGGCUCACGUAUCUAAAGACUAUGCGGAGGCUUGUUUCAGAGCUGUAUGUUCGGGAUAACUGCCACCCUUUCAAAGCCACUGUGUUGGUCUGGAUUCAGCUUCCAAUGUGGAUCUUCAUGUCUGUCGCUCUCCGGAAUUUUAGCACAGGAGCAACACAUUCAGAAGUUUCAGCAGGUUUUUCUGUUCAGGAGCAGUUAGCUACUGGUGGGGUCCUAUGGUUUCCUGACCUCACUGCCCUGGAUUCCACUUGGAUUCUGCCUGUCUCCGUUGGUAUCAUCAAUUUAUUAAUAGUGGAGAUUUUUGCUCUGCAAAAAUUUGGAAUGUCUCGUUUCCAGACGUAUAUUACGUACUUUGUUCGUGCAGUAUCAGUGUUGAUGAUUCCAAUUGCAGCGACAGUGCCUUCAUCGAUUGUUCUCUACUGGUUAUGUUCCAGCUUCAUGGGCCUUUCACAGAACUUUCUGCUGCGUUCUCCUAGAUUUCGCCAACUUUGCCGAAUACCGUUGACCAAGUCAGAUUCAGACACUCCUUAUAAGGACCUCUUUGCCGCCUUUUAUGCCAAGUUCAUUUCAAGAAAAUGAUGUACUUUCUAGUAAUCUUGAAAUAAUUACAGGUUUCACCCUUAAUGUAUUUAGAAGAUUUAGAAAUUAGGAUAUGGUUUAAUUUGCUUUUGUUUAAAAUCAUGAGCUCUGUGAAAUACUGUGGAUUAAGAUAUAAUCCAGAUAUAUUUGACAAUACUUACAAUCUUUUAAGUGCUAAAAUGUAGUAUAUUUAACUGUAUACUAAGAAUAUAAAAGUGGAAUCAAAGUGUCGGGCCCCUGUUUAUAAAAUUACAACUUGCUAGAGGUGCCAGAACUUCGGAGAAUAGGACUAGAGAAGUUUUAUAAAAUGAAAGAAUCCAGUGAGGUGAUUCUUAUAAUUUGGGGGGUGUGGAGGAUCAUAGACCCAUUUGAUCAUUUAAUAAAGCCAUGGUUUUCUCUUCAGAUCAUUUAAUAAAGCCUGGAACUUACAAUGUGGAAGCCUUUAUUGACUCCCCUGAAGGCCUUCUGGUCAUUCCUGGUUAAUAAAUAUUAUUCUGAUGGAACAUAUAUUGGUGAUGAGUUAAUGUGUGAUUUUAAAACGAAAAGGACUUGAGAUACAUGUAGGGGAGUAGUCCAUGCAUGUAAGAAAGUACCUGAUAUGGUAUGUAGUGUUGCUUCUCAACCUUGAUCUGAAAGAAUACGAAAAGUGUACAUUCCUUUUUCUAUCAUUUAAGAUGCCUGGAAUACAGAGUAUAGCACUAAGGACUGCUGGAGCCCAAAGUAGAAAAUCUUAAGCUAAUCCUAUAGAAUGUGAAGGAAUCUACUAUCUCUGAUAAUCCUUUAAGAAAGUGAAGAACUAGUACUAGGGUCAAGGUGAUGCUAAUUGGGAGACUCCUUUAGACCUGUACACCUUGGUGUGAUCAUACAUCGCAUUAAGUUGGUCUGAGGAUCUUAUAUAUUACAAAAUUCAUAAUUUCAUAGCUUAGAAAAAAGGAUCAAAAUAAACUUUAAAAGCUCAAAAGAUCAGGAGAGCCAGAAUCCCAGCAAACAGCUGAACCAAACUUCAAUAGAUAAGGACUAACGUAGUCAUGGAGAGGGAAUGAUUCUAUGACUCUGGAACAUACUAAUCUGACUGCAGUGAUUUGUGGAAUACAGUUUAAAAGUAAAAAGGACUGUUAGGAAAAUUUGAACUUUAUUUGGUAUUUGUAUUGCUCUUGUUAAUAUUGCAUGGCUAUUUUGGAACAUAUAUAAUGAUGUUUACUGGUAUAUUUUCUGUGGAUGCUGUUAACAAAAUCUUUAUGCUGCUUAUGCACCAAGGGGAAGAUGCUAUUGAGUAUAUUUGCUAUUAUAAAAUAUGUCUCUUUCAAAUUUUUCUUUUGAGGGAUAGAUUUAGGGAUUGCCCCUGAGGUCGCACAGAAGAGGGUCCUCCCCACAGUUCUCCCCCCGUAUACUCAGAAAGCCUAACCUUCAUAUCUGUUUCACCUAAGACCUCCCACAAUCUCAGUAAGAACUGAUGAAAUACAUGUUUUAUGGCAAGAUGAGAAAAGUUUAAACAUAAAACUUUUCUUUGUCUCUUUGGGCUUCCUUGCCCCCCUUUUGCGUGUGUUUUGCAUCUGCAUUAACCAGAGUUCUUUAGGAGGUGACGUUCCUUCUUAAUCUCUUUAAGAGACACAACUCUUUUUAGGAGAUAACCUUCCUUCUUGUAAGGAGCCACGAUGACCCAUGACUUGCUGUUCACUUUGUACCUGUGAGUCUGGAUUGUGUAAACUGUCAAUAAUACAUCAUUUGACAUAAAUCCAUUGUCUCAAAAAACUUACAUAACUGUGCUUUGAACUCUAAUUGGCAGAAUAGUCCCUGGAGCUUUCUGAAAGUCUGUCUUUCAGAUUGUAAUCCUCAAAUUGGUUUGAAAAUUUUCCAUUUCUUUUUCUUAGACUAUCGAUUAAUUUUUUUGUUGACAGGACUGUACACGAAAGCAUUUUGAUCCUGGUUGAUUCCCGUCCAUAGGAACUGCAAGGCCUGGCAGUUACCACAAGAAAAGAAAAAAGGUACCAGCUGAGGGAUGGCAGCAGAAACGAUUAAGCCAAGAAAGCACUUUCACACAGAAGCCUUGCCUAGUUCUUAGAACAGUAACUUUUUGCUUUGCUGUAACUUGAACAUGGAGGGAGAUAUUGACACAGCUGUCCCAAAGGAAUAUGUAACAAGAGAAAGCUGUUCUCUUGUGUUCUCGCUGACUACCUUCUUGACUGCCCAGUUUUUACAUGUUUUGCAAGAUAGUCUUACCUUAAAUUGCCUAGGCCUAUACUGCUGAUUUUGUUCUAUAAAAUGAGGACUUCCGGGUGUUUGAGAACAAAAACUUUGAUGGAAAUGGCUUAAAGUAAAAAAUGCUUCAAGAAAGCAGCUGCUCUUAUUGAGUUAGUCUAAGGCAACAAAAAAAUUUCUAUCCUUGAAGGUCCCUCUUAGACUCCAGAGGGCCAAGAAUUUCAUGAAAAAAAAAAAGCCUCUAGGGAAAAUGCCCCAUUUCUGUCUUUUCCGUUUUGAGAAAAUUUCACAGUCAUGUUUCUCUUCCUCUGUAUCACCAAUCAGGCAAUUAUAUUUGUUUUCCCUUCGCUGAGAAGGCAGCAUUGUAUUUAAUUUAGCUUUGGUUUUUGUCUUCUGGCUAAAUUGUAGCUCUCCAGGGAAACUUAAAACUGGAAUAUGAAGUAUACCUAACUAUAUCGCUUUCAUUGCAGCUGCAUUUCUUCAUGUUCCAACAGUAGUACAAUUGAUAAUUUGAGGAAUUUCUUCUAAUUAUAACCUCAGACUUCCUGGCUCUUCUGUGAGUGAUGAAUGCUUCUGAGGGUAAGGAAUAUUAAAAAUAUGAAUUCUGUAUCUGUGAGAGAAUUAACAGAUUCUUAUUCCAUGCUAUUCAAAAUGUGUCCCAUGUAUUGCUACAGGUAGGAAACUCUCUGUUUGUGAAGUUUCAUUAUAGAAGUUUCAGUUGUGCUUAUAUGAGUUUUCAAAUAUGUAUAUGCCAUUUGGGGGUCCAGAUGAAAACUGGAAAUUCCCACUUAAAAUUACAGUCACAACCAAAUAGAGAUUUUGAAAUGAAAUAUCUUCUCCCUUAUCUUUAACUCUCACCUGUCUACAUCAUAAUGUGUUACUUUACUUUAAAAUAUAGCUGAUCCUCAUUAUUCAAUUUCAUAUUUGUGAAUUCACCUACUCACUAAAAUUUAUUUGCAAGAUGCUCAUGAUGUUUUUACUGUUAUUAGCAGACAUGUGCCUGCACACUCAGAGAAGCAAAAAAUUUGAGACCAGUGCACACAUUCCCAGCAGU